CAAGGUCCUCAGCGCCACAGUCCGCGCCCACGCCUCUGCGCCACCUCGUCAGCCCUGCCUCUGCCUGCGAUGGUUCCCGGCGCUGCCCAUCCCGCGAUGCUUGCGCUCCUGGCCCUGAUCGGGGCUCUGCUCCCAGGGCCUGGAGGUGCCCAAACAUCAGUGCAGCCUCCAAAUGCCAUCAUACCCCGAGGAGGCUCCAUAAUGGUGAACUGCAGUACCUCCUGUGACCAACACACAUUGUUGGGCCUAGAGACUCAGCUGGCCAAGAGGGAAGUAGACCAUGGGAACAACUGGAAGAUUUUUGAACUGAGUGGCGUGCAAAAAGACAGCAUGCCAAUAUGCUACUCAAGCUGUCCCAAUGGCCAGGCAUCAGCUUUGAUGAACCUCACCGUAUACUGGUUCCCGGAACGCGUGGAGCUGGCCCCCCUGCCGCCCUGGCAGCCCGUGGGCAAGCACCUCAUCCUGCGCUGCAUGGUGUCCGGUGGGGCCCCCCGGGACCACCUCACCGUGGUGCUGCUCCGCGGGGAGAAGGAGCUGAGCCGGCAGCCAGCGGGAAAUGGGGAGCCUGCCGAGGUCACGGUCACGGUCACGGUGCUGGCGACCAAAGAUGACCACGGUGCCAAUUUUUCUUGCCGCACGGAGCUGGACCUGCGGUCCCAAGGGCUGGGACUGUUCCAGAACAGCUCGGCUCCCAGGAAGCUCCGAACCUUUGUCCUACCAACGACCGACCCGCACCUUGCUACCCACCGGGUACUGGAAGUGGGCACAGAGUGGCAGGUGAACUGCACCCUGGAUGGACUGUUCCCAGUCUCGGAGGCGGAGGUCCACCUGGCGCUGGGGGACAUGAGGCUGCAACCCACAAUCACGUACAAUGAUGACUCACUCUUGGCCAAAGCCUGGGUCAAGGGAAAGGUGGAGGAAGAAGGCGUCCAGUACUUGACGUGUGCGGUGAAUCUGGGAGGGCAGAGCCGGAGGUCUCAGGAGCGCGUGACCAUCUAUAGCUUCCCGGCUCCCAACCUGACCCUGAGCCAGCCCGAGGUCUCGGAAUGGACUACGGUGAAUGUGGAGUGUGAGGCCCAGGCUGGAGCUGUGGUGACGCUGAACGGGGCCCCAGCCAGACCUCCGGGCCCGAGGGCCCAAUUGCAGCUGAAUGCCAGCGCCGAGGACAACGGGCGCAGCUUCUUCUGCUCUGCUGCCCUGGAGGUGGCUGGGCAGGUGGUACACAAGCACCAGACCCGGGAGCUCCGUGUCCUGUAUGGCCCCCGACUAAAUGAGAGGGAUUGCCUGGGAAACUGGACAUGGCAGGAAGGCUCCCAGCAGACCCUGAGGUGCCAGGCCUGGGGGAACCCAACCCCCAAGCUGAACUGUAGCCGGAAAGAGGAUGGGGCUUUGCUACCCAUUGGGGACCUGAGGCCCGUCAAGCGGGAGGUGGCGGGCACCUACCAGUGUCGGGCCACCAGCACUUGCGGUGAGGUUACCCGUGAAGUUGUCAUCAAUGUGAUCUACCACCAGAAUAACAUGGCCAUCGUCAUUCCGGUGGCAUCUGUGAUCAUCUUGGGCACUGUGGGCACAGCUGCUUACAUCUAUAACUACCAGAGGAAGAUCCAGAAAUAUGAGCUACAGAAGGCCCGGAAGGCCCAGGAAGAGGCUGCCAUGAAACUGAACACACCAGCCACACCGCCCUGAGCCUACCCCCUCAGGACAGGACCUCCUCAGCCCCCAAACCGUGACAAGCAGGGCUGCAUCAAACAAUGGUGGACAUAUGCCAUUCAGCUAUACCCACCUUCCCAGGGUGCCACAGGACAGGAGAGAGGCCUCAGUCAGGAUACAGACAGCAUCUGGGGUCAUGGCCCCUGCACACUUAUAGCCCCCAGGCCUCACACCUGAUGUGGAGCCACAGGACUGAGACAAAAGAAGGGGCCAAGGCUCAGGGCAUGAAUGUGAGGGAUGUCAAAGUCUGACCUGGCCGGAGGCUGUAUGAUGGAGACCCUCACCUCCAACAUGGGGACACCCAACUGGGAAACAUUGAAACUCACCCCCUACUGCGUGUGCUGAGGCCUUACAGUCCUAAGAGAGAAGUGGCCCUGCACAGACACAUGCAGCACUGAAACACAAAUCCCCACACGUCCUCUGACAGAAGCCAGCUCCAGCAUUGCUGUCCACAGACUGUUCCCAACUCUUGAUGAUGACAUAUUUAUUCAUUUGUUCUUUUACUACCUAUUUAUUGAGUGCCUUUUAUGUGGGCUAGAAUAGUAAACAAGAAGAACAUUGAUUCCCGCCCUCAGGGAGCUCUCAGUCUAAUCUCAUUCAGGGUCGCCAGCUACAGUUGUACUGGCUGUGCACUGCACAAGAGUGCCUGGCAAAAAGAUUAAGUGGGGCUAGAAUUUCCCACUCCACUGGCCAAGCUGCUUUCUCCCAGAAAGGGAUUAGUAAUGGUGACAAGGUAUAGCUGGUGACAUGCCCAGAGAUGACCCACUGAGCCCUUACACCCCAACACUGGCACUGACCUCUGCUAAUCCACCUCUCCACCUAUACCCAUGUCUGCUAGUGGUCACAAUGACACUUGGUGGCAUGCCUAAACGUGGGUGUUCACUCCUUGAUAGCUAAACCAUGGAGCCCCAUGAAACUGUGCCCAAUCCCUGUGUGUCCCUGCCUUGUCCUACCUGUUUCCAUCUCAGUGGGACCAUGCAAGAACAGAGCAGUCUGCAGCGUCAAACUCAGCGUCAAACUCCUGCAGCGAUGAGGCUCCUGCAGGCAGCGGGGAGGAGAGGCCUGGGAGAAACCCCUCCCAACUGCGGAAGCCUCUCCCUUGUGCUAAUAAAGCUAUUUCAUCCUUCCA